AUGCUGAUGUUGCUCGGUUUACACGUUGCUGCAAUUGCUAUCGGAUUUGGAAUAUUUUUCAAAAAAUUCGGAAAAUUGACAAGAAAACAAUGGAAGGAUACAUUCAAUGCUCAAACUCUUGUGAUUCAACCAAGAAAGGUGAGUUCUAAUAUUUUUUUGAAGCUUCAAAUUAAAUUUUAAGAUUAUUUCAAAUAGACUUUAUAAAACUAUAGUUUCCCUCGAGAUUCACUAAUUAUUUACAUUUUUCAAGUAUUUUCAUUAGUCUCAUAAAAAUUGAUUUGAAUUCAUAUUGCACUCACUACAAUUUUUCGAAUAUAAAUUUUCUAGAAAAAAACAUUUUCCAAGUAUUUUUUCUUAUUAUUAUUCAAAAAAAAAAUACAUGAAAGUUUCCCAUAGUUAAUUUUUUCCUAUAUUUAUUUCUGCAUCGAAAAAUUUUCAGUUCCAGAUUUUUAGGAGUCUAAUUUUCAGCAAUAAACCGCUCCUACCAAAACAUGUUCUUUCGUGUUUUGUUUUUUGUUCUGAUAAAACAAAGAAUCCCAAAAAAUUUAGUUUAAACUGGACAAAAAGAAGAAGAUAUCUAUUUAUUAUAUCCCAAUUUUCAUUUAUGUAACACAUUUAUUUUUUAUUUGAAACAUUUAAAAAACCACAGAAUGGAAUGGUAUUUUCAACCAGCCCAAAGAAUUUUAAGUGUAGGCAAACAAUAAAUAUUUUAGUUUUUUUAAUGUUAUUGUUUUCUAUUGUUGUUUUUUCCAGAAUAUGUAUUUUUUUAGGUGAAUAUGGAUUUAUUAACGUUUAUCGCGUGGAUUAUUAUAUUUGUCGUUUUCUGGAUUUUCACACUUCUCGCUAUCAAGUUUUUGGUAAGAAAUUUUUUGGGCAGUUUUUGAUAUGGAAAAAAUAUUUUUCAAAAAUACUGUGACGUGGCAACUUUGAGUAUUUUUUGUUGUUGUUGUUGGAAUUUCAAUUUGUAUUUAGAGCCGGACUAAAUUUGAAAUCUAGGUGAAUUUUGUAUUUUUUGUCAAAGUUUGACCCUUGGAAGAGAACUUACCUGGCCUAGAAAACCAAAAAUUCCUCGUCAAUGCGAAAUAUCACAGAAUUCAACGAGGUCUAUUGUAUUUUGAUGUUCUCUUCCACGGCUAGAAUAUUUUCCGAUCUAGCAAGUAGCAUGUUCCAUUUUUUCAAAAUGAUUUUUAUUUGGGACGUGGCAGUUUUUAAUAAAAUCAAUAAUCAUACGUGAACUUUUAAAAUAAUUUCAUUUUUCAUUCUAUUUUAAAUGGGUCUUCAGAAAACAUCCAAUUUAAUUUUCAUUCUCCAAAAAUACCCAUUUUUCAAAAUCUUGAUCUAUGUAAGUUUCAUCUAGAUACCGUACUCCGCUAUUAUUUUGUUAAAUUGCUCUAGACUUUUUCUCACAACAUCAUGAAAAAUAAUAAUUGUUUCCAAGAAUUUUGGAACUUGUUUUUUUGUGUGAGAAAUUCAGCCAGAUUCAAUGAAACAAUUAUCAAUAUUUUCAGACUUUCCGUAUUAUUCUUGCUAUAAUCUUUGCUCUUCCGAUUCUCUUCACAAUUCUAUUCUUCGCUUUCCGGAUACCUGUUCUAACAAAUGAUUCAAAUAAAAUCGCAUUUUUUGAAAAUUGGAAAGUUGGCGGGCAUCGUGGAUCUUCUCACGAUGGAAUUCCCGAAAAUAGUUUGGAAGCAUUUUUGGCUGUUAAAAAUGAGGGUGGACAAUUGGCGGAGAUGGAUAUUCAAAUUACUUCCGAUGGUGUUGCUGUUAUUUGUCAUGAUAGUAAUGUUGGUAAGCAUCAUAUUUUCAAUUUUCAAGUUUUCGAAUUCAAAAAUAAUUUUUCCAGAACGUGUCACUGGAAUUGAUCAAGAUAUUUCAUCAAUGACCGAAGCAGAAUUCAAAAAUCUUACAUUUAUCGGAACAAAUAUAUCUCUCCCAACAUUUGCAGAAGCUGUCGCAUUUUGUGUGAAAAAUGAUUUAAUGAUGAUUUGGGAUGUGAAAAAUGUUGAUGAAAAUCUUCUCAAACAAUUUGUUAUUCAAAUUCGAACUCAUAAUCUAUAUUCCAAAGUUAUUAUUGCUGGUUUCAAUCCAAUUGAUACAUAUAUGGUGAAAUUAGCCGAUUCCAAAAUAUUGACUGGUUUUACAUGGAGAAGUUGGGAAUUGAGUACAACGGAUGAGGAAGCUACAAAACAAAGAUUCAGCGGAGUUUUGAAUGCGAUUGCAAAUGUUUUGGAUAUCAUAGCAUAUUGUUUAGCGAGAUCUCUAGUUUUACCAAAGUUUUUGGGAUCUGAUAUGAUUUUUUAUCAUGUUAAUGAUGCAAGCAAGUAAGUUACCAUUUUCAGAAAAUAUAGAAUUCAAAUCAAUUAUUUUCAGAUAUUUGGCCAAAUCUGCGACUGACAAUAAUAUGUAUUUGGCUGGAUGGACAAGUAAUAAUAAAACUGAAAUGCGAUGGUUGAGAGAUUAUUUGAAAAUCCCAUUUUUGACUGAUAAUGUGAGUAUGGUCCCGAAAAACUAG